AUGGGCUCCUCCUCCGCCUCCGCCUCCGAAGCAACGCAGCAGCAGCAGCAGCAACAAGUCGCGCGCGACGCCGAGCUCAUCUUCCACUACCACCAGCUGCACCACACCCCCCAGCCCUCCUCCGUCAUCUUCUGCCUCUGCAGCCUCGACCUGCGCGUCGCCCAGCGCGCCGCCCAGCUGUGGCUCGACGGGCUCGCGCCCACGCUCGUCUUCUCCGGCGCCUCGGGCAAGCUCACGCGCGGGCUCUUCGGCGGGCUGCCCGAGGCGGAAGCCUUCGCCGCCGUGGCGCGCCGCAUGGGCGUGCCGGAGCAAAACAUCGUCGUGGAGCCGCGCGCGACCAACACGGGCGAGAACGUGCGCUUCACGCACGCGCUGCUCAAGGAGCGCGGUGUGCCCGCUGAUUCGUUCAUCUUGGUGCAGAAGCCGUACAUGGAGAGGAGGACGUGGGCUACGUUUCGGAAGCAGUGGCCCGGCGCGGAGGGCGUGCGCAUGAGUGUCACGUCGCCGCGCUUCGCUGCGUUUGAGGAUUACCCGGAUGAGGAGAACCCGCGCGACUUGGUCAUUAAUGUCAUGGUUGGGGAUCUCGUCCGCAUACGCGACUACCCGGCGCGCGGUUUCCAGGUCGAGCAGGAGAUCCCGCCUGAGGUGUGGGCGGCCAUGGGACGGCUGGUGGCGGCUGGAUAUAACGACCACCUGCCGGACGGAUUCACGUUGGACAAUUAG